CAAUUAUCUAAUUACCAAUUUAACCCCAAUCCUUUCUCAGUUUCUCUCUUCCGCGUCUCUCCUUCUCGUUAUCCUGCAAAUUAGGGUUUAAGUAAGAAAAAAAAGCUAGAGAAGUAUCUCGAUCUCUUCUUCUGUUAGAUUCUGCUUUCCUUUGAGAUUUGCUAGUGUAAUCGUAACCUCCGAAGACCCAAGAUGGCUCGUAAUGAAGAGAAAGCACAGUCGAUGCUCAACAGAUUCAUCACCCAGAAAGAAUCUGAGAAGAAGAAGCCAAAAGAGCGUCGACCUUACCUCGCAUCAGAAUGUAGAGAUCUAGCUGAAGCAGACAAAUGGAGACAGCAAAUUUUGAGAGAGAUCGGUAGCAAAGUAGCUGAGAUUCAGAACGAAGGAUUAGGAGAGCACAGACUUCGAGAUCUAAACGAUGAGAUUAACAAGCUUCUCAGGGAGAGAUAUCAUUGGGAGCGGCGAAUCGUUGAGCUAGGUGGUCACAAUUACUCGAAACAUUCGGCGAAGAUGACGGAUCUAGAAGGUAACAUAAUCGAUGUACCUAACCCUAGUGGUCGUGGUCCUGGUUAUCGUUACUUCGGAGCUGCUAAGAAACUUCCUGGUGUUAGAGAGCUUUUUGAGAAGCCUCCUGAGCUGAGGAAGCGUAAAACUAGGUAUGAUAUAUAUAAAAGGAUUGAUGCUAGCUAUUAUGGGUAUAGAGAUGAUGAAGAUGGUAUUUUGGAGAAGUUGGAGAGGAAAUCUGAAGGAGGGAUGAGGAAAAGAUCGGUGGAGGAGUGGCGGAGAUUAGAUGAGGUUAGGAAGGAAGCUAGGAAAGGUGCUAGUGAGGUUGUGAGUGUUGGAGCUGCAGCUGCUGCGGCGAGGGAAGUGUUGUUUGAGGAGGAGGAGGAUGUUGUUGAGGAGGAGAGGAUGGAGAGGGAGAAAGAGGAGGAGAAAGAGAGGGAAUUUGUGGUUCAUGUUCCGUUGCCUGAUGAGAAGGAGAUUGAGAAGAUGGUGUUGGAGAAGAAGAAGAUGGAUCUGCUUAGUAAGUAUGCUAGUGAAGAUUUGGUUGAGCAGCAGACUGAGGCUAAAUCCAUGCUCAAUAUUCAUAGAUAGAAAGAUGCUCUGUUUUACCAACAAACUCAGCCGCGAUGGUCUCUUGCCUAAAGAAGAAACGAUGUUGGGCGUUUGAAAUAUGAUUUCAUGGAAACAAAUGUGAAAGACUCAAGGAGAAGAUACAAUGUCACUUGGAACUGAACUAGUGUAUUCUAUUAUGUAGCUCGACUUUUGUAUCUUUAUACUUCUGAAUGUAAUGCUCAUUGCCUGAGGUUUAUACAUUGUUCCUUUGGCUCUAACUAGAUUGGUGCUAUGCAGAGACAUAAGUUGAGACCAACCACAAGCAUUUUUCUGGUUUUGAUUUUACUCCCAG